UGUUUACAUUCAGGAUGUUAAGAACCCAAUGCACGUUCUUCACGAUUUUCUAGAUAUUUUUUAGAUAUUUAAAGUAUUAUUAAAUUAAGGAUAUACAUUCCGGUCUAAGUGAGUGUUUAUAUUCACGUAUGGAUGCGUUAAAGGAACAGAAUCAAGAUGCUAAGCUCAUCACGGGUAACAGAGAGGUAAGACUGAACAACGAGAAUCUCAAACGACUAACAGAGGAUCAUCUGUAUCAUAUUGCCCUUAGCAACGUUCAACAUGAUCUCAGGCAACUGUUCGGCGAUGUCAAGUUCGUAUGUUUUGGGGGUCAGUCAUCGCGUAUGGAAAAAUUCGCCAGUUUUAUUUCAAAAGAGCUUGGUCUAGAAGAUAACGGACCGCCGAAGAAUUACGCAGGGAACACUGAUCGCUAUGCCGUAUACAAGGCCGGGCCUGUACUAUCUGUUAGCCAUGGAAUAGGUAUUCCAUCACUGUCAAUCAUAUUCCAAGAAAUAGUGAAACUCGUUUACUAUGCCGGCUGUCGCGAUGUUACAUUUUUCAGAAUAGGAACAAGUGGCGGUCUAGGUUUAGAGCCCGGUACAGUUGUAGUCAGUGAACGAGUUGUGAACGGUGCAUUAGAACCUUCGUACAAAAUGGUUGUUCUUGGAAAGACUAUAGAUAGACCUGCCGUGGUUGACACGACACUAGUAGAAGAUCUUGCUAAUUGUAGUCUUAAUUCAGAUAACUUCAAAACUGUGAAAGGAACUACUUUAUGUGCGGACGAUUUCUAUGAAGGUCAAGGUCGAGUAGACGGAGCAUUCUGUGAACACGAGGACGGGGAGAAAUUUUCUUGGUUACGAAAACUUAAAGACAAUGGUGUUACAAACAUGGAAAUGGAAUCUCUGGGCUUUAUUGCUAUGUGUCAUAGAGCAAACAUCAAAGGUGCAGUAUGUUGUGUGACGUUAUUGGAUCGCUUUGAAGGAGAUGGGCUCACAACCAACCGGCAGUUACUAAGUGAAUGGCAGACUUUUCCUCAAAUAAUUGUCUCCAGAUACAUCCAACAAAAGCUGAACGAGAGCAGCUAGAUUUGUUUGAAGAUUAGAAACGUUCCGAAUCUCUAUUAUUGUGUGCCUAAACUGAAUCAGAUGAUCCGUCCAUACCGGACCAAAAUUACGAAUUUGCAGAUUUUUUUUAACCCGCUUAGAUUUUAAAGUAACAAUGUUGGUGUAUUUUUUCGACGGGUUUUGUUGUUAAGAUAUAUAUAAUGACGUUAACUGCUAUUGAAAAAUUAGGUAAAUUGUAACAUUAUAAAAAUAGCUUCUACACAAAAUUUACAAAUGAUGCAAUUCUAAAACUGAAAUUUCUUUUAUGUAUGUUAAUGAACCAAUAUAAAGACUGAUUUUUUAGGAAAAAUAUGCUUAUAUGACUUGAGCAUGAGCAUAUUAUUAUAUAAAAAAUUUUGUGUUGAUCAUUUUUAAUCAGAAAAGUGACAUUUUUGUUUCACGAAAAAGCAAGUUUAUUGGAACAUCUUGGCUAUUAUUCAUAAUAACCUCGGACUUAAUAAAUACGGAUUGAAAAUAGUUAUACCACGUGGUUUUAGAUGUAGAUUAGAUCGAAAUACCGUAUCUUACUAUUGUGUUCAAGGUUCUUAUCCGAAGAUUGACGGAAAGGGCCGAGAAAUUGCGAUUGAAAGCAAGUUUUCCAUGAUAAUAAACAUAAUUGAAAGUUCAUAACAAAGUCGUGGUAUUCAGCGCACGAAAAUAAAACACAUUCGGAAGCAAAUCAGCCAAAACAAUUGUCAUAUUGCCUUUCAUUUGAGCUAGCACCAUACAAAAUUAAUUUAACAAUUUUAAAUACUUUUAGGCUGUACUUUAAACAUAGUCUUCGGCCUUAUUCUUAUCACAUAUGCAUUGCUUUGAUUUUGUUAGUUGUUUGCGAAAAGUUUUAGUAAAAUCUUUGAUUUUUGGUUUUCUUUCCGGGAUUUGGUGGAAAAUCUUAUGUUUUAUGUAUUGUUUGUUAGUCGUAAUAUUUUUUUCGUUUAAGACAAUGUAUACCAUUGAAUGUACAUGUAUGUUAAUAACUUUGAUAUAAAACUAUUUAUAACCAUAC